UCGGCUAGUGGGCAUCAGACAACUUUCGUGGACAGAAUACAAAAAAAUUCUACCCUCAUCUGGAUGCGACGCAAUGGGCAGAAGGCAAUGGUAGGUCUGCCAACCAAUCUUGUUUUCGAUUCAGGAUCAAGAAAGUACGCANUUUCGACAAUUCACUACUUUCACAUCUGGGAACAAGUCUGGUUGUCCUUGGAGACGCAAGAUACAUCGUGCUGCUUAUGGAAAAACAAAAAAACAGUGAGCAUUCGAUAGUACUGGAAGUGCUGUGAAAGGCUGAAAAAAAUAGUUCUUAAAGCAUCCCUAUGGUUAGCGAAAUCAAUCUGUGGAUCCCCCAAAAGGAAAACCAGUGCAUCUAACCCCCCACUGCCCCCAACCGUGCAACUACAUACCCCAUCAACCGAAAAAGGAGGCACGCCGGGUUCUCACCGGAGGGGGGGAAUAAAACACCAACUCUACCCACCACUGUUAACAGGGCGAAACGACGGAAUGGCGCAAGCGGGUCAGCCAAGCGAACACCGUACCAGAGCAUCUGAGACAUAGUACAAUAACAUCCAAGCCCCCCAAAAAAUAUGGCUACGAUUGAAUAAAGGUCAGCCGGACCCGGCCGAACUGGUCGAAUGAUCGCAUUAGAGAGUUCUCGCAGAAGCCUCUGCCGCAGAACCAAACCUCAGCCUGGCAAAUCUGUACUUUUUCCAAGCCAUGGCCUCGAACACGCUUGACCAUGUUUGCUCGCGACCGUCGGUUUAUUUCCUCAUUCUCGGUCUCGUUGAUCAGAGUUACCAUGAACGCAAAGCGGUCAAAUUUCAUGACAUUCAACAUGUGCAGACACUUUUUANUCUGUACUUUUUCCAAGCCAUGGCCUCGAACACGCUUGACCAUGUUUGCUCGCGACCGUCGGUUUAUUUCCUCAUUCUCGGUCUCGUUGAUCAGAGUUACCAUGAACGCAAAGCGGUCAAAUUUCAUGACAUUCAACAUGUGCAGACACUUUUUAUUCUUCGCAUGGUUCUGCUCGUGCGCGUUGAGGUUGACCCCCGACAGCUGGGCGCAUGUCUCUAUCCCACUGUACUUUUGGCGGCAGUCAUCCCCGUGGUUGCAGUCCUGCAGGGUGUCUGGCCCGUAGUGAGGCCCGGCGUUGCUUCCCAAGGCGUGUGUUCUGCGCACCGUCGCCGUGGGGUCCUCCUACAGCGGUUGGAUGUCGAACGAAAGGCCAUACUCUUCCACGAUGCCAUUGAUGUCAGCGCUUUUCCCCGGUUGAUGGUGAGCCACCUGAAUUUGAAGGGCUUUCGUACGCUGCACCGCCGACCCGAAGCAUGCUCCUGAGCGCACAGCCAGUUCUGUCAGGACGA